AUGAGCGCACCGGCUGCAGAGACGCACCCGAGCGCUCGCCCGCCGCCGCCGCCGCCGCCUGAGGUUUCCCCGGACCACAAUGAACAAGUUGCUGUGCUGCGCGCUGGUGAAAUGUUCCUGGACCUCUCCAUUAAAUGGACCACACAGGAAACCUUUCCUCCCAAGUACCUUCAUUAUGACCCUGAAACCUCUCGUCAGCUGAUUUGUGACAAAUGUCCUCCCGGCACCUACCUAAAGCAGCACUGUACAGCAAGGUGGAAGACUGUGUGUGCCCCAUGCCCUGACCACUACUACACAGACAGCUGGCACACCAGUGACGAGUGUCUGUACUGCAGCCCCGUGUGCAAGGAGCUGCAGUACGUCAAGCAGGAGUGCAGUCGCACCCACAACCGUGUGUGUGAAUGCCAGGAAGGGCGCUACCUCGAGGUGGAGUUCUGCUUGAAGCACAGGAGCUGUCCACCUGGAUCUGGAGUGGUACAGGCUGGAACCCCGGAGCGGAAUACAGUUUGUAAAAGAUGUCCAGAUGGGUUCUUCUCGGAUGAGACAUCAUCUAAAGCACCCUGUAGAAAACACACAAAUUGCAGUGCAUUUGGUCUCCUGCUAAUUCAGAAAGGAAACGUGACGCAUGACAGUAUAUGUUCUGGAAACAGUGAAUCCACUCAAAAAUGCGGAAUAGAUAUCACCCUAUGCGAGGAAGCGUUCUUCAGAUUUGCUGUUCCUACAAAAUUUACCCCUAAUUGGCUCAGUGUCCUGGUGGACAAUUUGCCUGGCACCAAAGUCAAUGCAGAGAGUGUAGAGAGGAUAAAACGGCGACACAGCUCACAAGAACAGACUUUCCAGCUGCUGAAGUUAUGGAAACAUCAGAACAAAGACCAAGAUAUAGUCAAGAAGAUCAUCCAAGAUAUUGACCUCUGUGAAAACAAUGUGCAGCGGCACAUCGGGCACAGCAACCUCACCUUCGAGCAGCUGAGCAGCUUGAUGGACAGCUUGCCCGGGAAGAAAGUUGGAACGGAAGACAUCGAGAGAACAACAAAGGCAUGCAAAUCAAGUGAACAGAUACUGAAGCUGCUCAGCCUGUGGAGAAUGAAAAAUGGCGACCAAGACACCCUGAAGGGCCUGAUGCAUGGCCUGAAGCACAUGAAAGCGUACCACUUGCCCAAAACUGUCACUCAGAGUCUGAAGAAGACCAUCAGGUUCCUUCAUAGCUUCACAAUGUACAGAUUAUAUCAGAAGCUGUUUUUAGAAAUGAUAGGGAACCAGGUCCAAUCAGUGAAAAUAAGCUGCUUGUAA